ACUAAAACGAAAUAGAUAAAAAACAAAAAACAAGAAAAAAGCCACGCCGCCGGCCGCCAUGUUUGUAAUUUGUUCUGUUUAUGUUGUGCGACAAGAAAAAAUAAAGAAAAACAGAUCCGUCACAUUGAUCAAAUAUCUUCCCCAACUGAAGACCAUGAUCAGUGUAGUGCGGUAAUGAAUGACAUACCACUAAUUGAAUUUGUCGGCGGGGGAACAUAUACAUACGGAGCAUUGCAGGAUGCUCAGACAAUAUUAAGUACUGCGCGUCCAAAAAGUCGAAAAUAUAUUUUCUUGGUAACCGAUGGAUUUUCAAAUGGCAAAGAUCCAAUACCCGUUGCAGAAGAAUUAAAAGCUAACAACGUAACGAUAUUCACUAUUGGCAUACAAUCCGGAAACUAUGAUGAACUUUAUAAUAUUUCAAGUUUUCCCAAAGAAACACACAGCUUCCUUUUGGGGAGCUUCAAAGAAUUUGAAAAACUAGCUCGGGGUGCUCUUAUGCAAGAUCAUAAACUCGGCUACAGUAUCAAGCUUAGUAAUCCUGAUCGAUGUAAUAUUCUUUGCAAUAACACCAACUUUAGUGAAGAUCAGAAUAGAAAGUAA